AUGAAGUUUUUAGUACUGUUGAUGAUUGGACUCCUUGAUGCAACAUACGCAUCAAGAUGUAUAGGAUAUUGUGACAUAUUUAGUGACCUAUUGGCACAUGAAGAUUGCGAUAAAUACUGCGAGUGUACAUUGUUUGGAGAUCCAAUUGAAUAUUCCUGUGAACAUGGUUUACAUUUUUCAUUCGAAUUUCAAGAUUGUGUUCAUCCAUCACUAGCUGGUUGCAGAGAUGUGUCUGAGCCUUCAGUAACUACCCCUGCGCCAACAAGACCUCCAUCAACAUCUGUACCAGUGACUCCAUCACCGCCAGUUGAUAAUAACGGAUGCAUAGGAAAGUGUCCACCAACCAAUUCGCCUGAUGAUUAUGUAGUUCAUUUAGAACAUAAAGAAUUUAUUUUAUCAAUCGCCGUAAUGGGAGUAAUUGGUGAAGAAAUAGAGAACAAGACUGAUGAUUCGAUGAUACUGAGGCCGGUAAAUUUGAUAAAACAUUCAUGUAUUGGAAGAUGCCCUAUUACAAACACUAAUACCUGGUCACCGAUUUACUUCCGCCACACGUAUUGUGAUUAG